CCCAAUGUGCUGCAAGAGGGUUAUGGUUCUGCAGCAGUUUUGCCUGAAGAAGGCAUAUAUUUAGCGGCAUCCGUAUACCGUCCUGUGCUUCAGUUUACGGACAAAGUUGCCUCAAUGCUGCCAACAAAGUACUCCCAGCUUGGGAAUGAUGGGUUGCUAGCUUUUGUGGAGAACUUUGUGAAGGACCACUUUUUACCAACUAUGUUUGUAGACUACCGAAAAAGCGUACAGCAAGCCAUAUCAAGUCCAGCUGCAUUUCGUCCAAGGGCACAUAUGGUUACUACUUACACUCCGUCAAUUGAGAAGGGUCGACCUGUAUUACAAGGUUUAUUGGCUAUAGAUUACUUGACAAAGGAGGUGCUUGGCUGGGCACAAGCAAUGCCCAAAUUUGCUAGCGAUCUUGUGAAGUAUGUGCAAACUUUUCUGGAGAGGACUUAUGAAAGAUGCCGGACAUCAUACAUGGAGGCAGUUCUUGAGAAGCAGAGUUAUAUGCUUAUUGGGAGGCAUGAUAUUGAGAAAUUGAUGAAGGUUGACUCUUCAAGUGCUUGUUUACCAAAUCUGCUCGGUCAGUUUAACAUGGAAAGCAAUUCCUCUGAUGCUGAAACGAUAGAGGUUGAAUUAGAACUAAAUGAAUUACUGCUAAAUUUGCGUCCUAUUAAGCAGGAAAACCUAAUCCAUGAUGACAACAAACUUAUUUUGUUGGCAUCACUUAGUGACUCGUUGGAAUAUGUUGCAGAUUCUAUCGAAAGGCUUGGACAGACAACUCAAAGAGCAUCAAAUCAUGUUGGAGGAAAAUACCAUCACAGUCGUUCAGACAGUGCACCUACAAGGAGUCUAGUAUCAUUUGCUCAAGAUUAUAGGAAAUUGGCAGUCGAUUGUCUCAAGGUUUUACGUAUAGAGAUGCAAUUGGAGACAAUAUUUCAUAUGCAGGAAAUGAUAAAUACAGAGUACUUGGAUGACCAAGAUGCUGAAGAGCCAGAUGACUUCAUUAUUUCGCUCACUGCACAGAUAACACGAAGAGAUGAAGCAAUGGCCCCUUUUAUAUCAAAUGCAAAGCGGAAUUACAUAUUUGGUGGAAUUUGUGGGGUUGCAGCAAAUGCAUCUAUUAAGGCUUUGGCGGAUAUGAAGUCUAUUAAUCUUUUUGGCGUUCAGCAAAUAUGUCGAAACUCUAUCGCAUUGGAACAGGCACUAGCAGCUAUUCCAUCCAUAGAUAGUGAAGCUGUGCAACAGAGAUUGGAUCGAGUCCGGACCUACUAUGAACUAUUAAACAUGCCAUCUGAGGCCUUACUUGCCUUCAUUACAGAACAUAUGCACUUGUUUACCGCUGCUGAGUAUGCCAACCUUCUUAAUGUUCAGGUUCCUGGAAGGGAGAUUCCUCCUGAUGCACAAGAUCGAGUAUCUGAAAUAUUAUCCCUUUAGUGUGUGCAUUCAAUUGUUUCUAUUCCAAUGUUUGUCUUGGACCGAUGGGGUGCUCGCGUCAAUUAGAUUUCUGAUUCUUAUUUCUGAAAAUCCGAUCCAACAAGCCGAUGCAGAUGUCCAAUUUUACGUCAAGUUACAACUGAAUAGACCAAGUUAAAAGAUGGCUUUGAUUCUGCCCUCGAUGAUAGAAGUUCCAUUUUUCCCCCCUCAUUUGUUUGUAAUGUAAUUUAUGGUGCGAUGUCAAUUUUGGUUGCUGCUGCAUCCUUUUGGUUAAUAUUUCUCUUUCUUUCUCGAUUUUUGGGGUUGAGUAUGGCUGAGAGGAAUUCAAGUCAAUAUUAAGAACAACCUAAAAAUCACAUGUAUAUUUCUAGGGCUAAAUAUAUUGUAUAAUUUCCUUUC